UGACACAUUCAUCAGUUUCCCGCCAUUUGUUCGACGAGUGACAGUCGUUGUUUGUGUUCGGAAACCGGCUUACAUUUUUUUAAAAAUCUCUUUGUAUCAGUUCAGCUGAUACGAAUUCAAGUUGAAGUUCUUAACUAGUAGUCAUUAUUUAGCAACAACCAGGAGGUUGUUGCUUAAAGGUCAAAAAAAGCUUUGAGAAUUACGCUAUCAAAGGGAGCACCGGCCUUGUCCGGCGCAUCUGGCUGUGCCGGGCGACGAGCGCCCGCCUGCCCCCGCCCGCCGCGCUGCUGGCGCCGCGCGCUCAACGUCGACCCGCCCUGGCAGCGAGCACGGGCCCGCUGACGCCACACCACGCGAUACACCUGACACCUGUGGACUAGCGCUAGUGGGCCCCCACCACCGGCCUCUGUUACGUGACACCGACCCCCUGUGCGCCAAAAACUAAGCGCCAAGGGGACAUCGCUUUCCUAUCUACUGAAACCUCACACAUCGAGGUUACGAUAGCCGAAGUCUACAAUAUCUAUAAAAAAGACGACAAAAAACUUCGUUCUAAGGACACCGAAGCUUAUCAAGAUACCGAGUAAAAUGAAGGUGAUUGAAGACGAACAACGCGUGCGGGUGAUGGAAGGACCAUGGACCCCGGAGGCGGUGAUCAAGGAGAUCGUGGAAGAGGGUGGGCAUGAUGAGCCCUUCUACGUAAUGGACCUGGGCGAGGUGGUCGCCCGGUACCAUCAUUGGAAGGAGCUUAUGCCCAGGGUCGAACCAUUCUACGCUGUGAAAUGCAACGACGACAAGUUGUUGGUGAGCACUUUGGCUGCUCUGGGCGCGGGCUUCGACUGCGCAUCCAAGGCCGAGAUAGAAAUGGUCACCGGUCUCGGCGUACGACCUGAACGCAUUAUAUUCGCGAAUCCGGCGAAGCUGGCGUCUCACAUCCGCUACUCGUCUUCAGUUGGAGUCGACCUGAUGACCUUCGACUCUGAGACCGAGCUCGUCAAGAUCAAGCAGCACAUGCCGCAUGCUCAGUUGGUGGUUCGUAUCAGAUGUGAUGCUGCGGCUGCUCGCUGUCCUCUUGGCAUCAAGUUUGGUUGUGACCCCGUCACUGAAGCACCACGUCUUCUCAAGCUGGCAGCUGUCUUCGGACUCAGGGUGGUUGGUGUAUCUUUCCACGUGGGAUCUGGUGCAGAGGAGAAUGGUGUGUACGCUCGUGCCAUACAGUACUGCCGCGCAUUGUUCACUCUGGGUGCUGCAGCUGGACACACCAUGCAUCUGCUAGACCUUGGUGGAGGAUUCCCCGGACACACUGGCUCCAGUAUACGUGAGACAGCUCAGGUGAUCAAUGCAGCGUUGGACGCCAACUUCUCUGGUUGUGAAGUCCGUGUCAUUGCGGAGCCCGGCCGGUACUUCGCCUGUGCUGCAUACACCCUCGCUACCAUGAUCUACGCUAAACGAGAGGUGCCUGCGAAGGAGGACGACGUGGAGGAGACGCACACAAUGUACUUCAUGAACGACGGCGUGUAUGGCUCCUUCAACUGCUUGUUGUACGAUCAUCAGGAGGUCACUCCUGUACCGCUAAACACGGUGGAGGGCACUCCUCACAGCUCGUCGUUCUGGGGUCCGACAUGUGAUGGUCUGGACUGUGUGGUGCCGCGCAUGCGCAUCCCCGCACUGCCGCUGGGCGCAUGGCUCGUGUUCCGCGACAUGGGCGCCUACACCAUACCCGUAGCUUCCUCCUUCAAUGGAUUUCCCGUGCCCAAGGUCCGAGCAGUAGUAGAUCGCCGUCUCUGGUCCGUACUGAAGGAACUCUGGCCCCUCACAGAGAACCAUUUCGUGGUGGCACCUCCGGCACCUGUGGCCCCUCUGGCACCAGUGGCACCUCCGCCGGAACCUCAUCGUGCAGUAUUCGUGGAAUGCGCUCUCAAGUGAGCGGAUAUGAGGCUGCCGUUCAAUGAGCUUACAGGCCUAUAAUCAAUAUAUUUUUUAAAUCUCUUGUCUCUGUAGAUUUUUACCGUGAAGUUUCAUUGUAGUGAUACAUGUAUUGAAACAUGUUGUCUCAAUUUUGUCAAAGAUGUCUAAUUUUAGUCCUGUUUCCCUUCUCACCCUUUUUUAUCAGGAAAGGAUGGGAAGGGGAAGUGGAUUUAGCAGAAGAGGGGAUGCAUAAGAAAGAGAAAUGUCCUCUUUCUGUGCGACCUCUUCUCCGUUGAUUAAAGGUAGGCAACGCAUCUGCA